AUGUCGCAUGAAAGCAGUCCUUUGCAGGUGGGCUCCGUUUUAGGUCCUUCCGUGGACGAACGCUUCUCUAGCCGAUCGCUUGAGACGUACUCUUUUGCAGACCUCAUUCGUGCUCGAGAGGAACAGCAGAGGCGUAUCCGCGAGGCACUAGAGGAGCAGAACCGUCAACUUCGCGCACGUCUUGGUUCAGAAGAGGCCAAUCAGGGUGGCGGUGACCCUGCCAUUACAGCAAGCGCCGCCCGCCGCCGGUCGUCACAGUCCCCCGCGAAGCAGCACUCUGUCCCUAUUGAGGAGUUUAUUACCUUUGUGACGGAGAUGAAGGAUCUCCUUAACUGCGCCCAGCAGGCAGACUUGGUGGCCCUUCAUGCUCUUCAGGACCGAGUGGAUUUUCAAAACCGUGAUCUUGCGCAGCGGAUAACAGAGCUGGAAGCGCAAAUGAUUGCCAUGCAGCGGCGUGAUGAGUUUGGGUAUGCCACUGGCGACAGCCCUUUUGCGCCCGUGCCGAGUUCUGUUGCAAACAUGGUUGAAGAUAAAUCACCACUGCAGUAUGUUCUGCAUGAACUGGAAGAAGUGCGGCAUGCGGCCGAGGAGGCAGCGAAGCGGGUGCGUGAAUACGAUGAAGUUUUGGACAGGCAUCGGACAUCGUUUUGUCUUUUAGAGAAAGAUAUAAAUGUCCUGGAAACAAAAAUGGUGGAUUUGGAGUCUUUGCCCUCUCUUUUCAGGCGGGAAUCCAUGACAAUGGAGGAGCGCUACGCUGAAUUUACUCACCGAUUACAAGAGGAGAUUUUGCUGCAACGAGAAAGGUGUCCUCGUUCAAUUGAGGGCACCAACGAUGCAAUCAGGCAACUGGAGGAACGGUUAAAAGUUGUGGAGCGUGCCGUUUUUGAAAUGAAUCAAAGAAGCACCGUCGAGAUCGAAAGCCGUGGGAGUGGUGAUGUGGAGUGUGUUUUACCAAGCCUUGUGGGAAAGAAGUUGCAAGAACCUAAAAAGGCUACUGAGAGUUUUCCCCAGGCGAAGUUGGACGAGCCUGAUUGCAUACAAUCCGCCAGCGCCGCGGACGAUCCAACCUCCUCUGCUGGGGGAGGGGCUCCGUUGCUGUCGAAGGGGCAGGACGAUGUCACAACGGAGUUUGUGGGGGAUUUGCCAAAGGAAACGCAAUGCCUUGAUGCAAAGCCGCAUACGGUGACAAGCGAUCUUACCACGGAUGCUCCAUCAAUGAAAGACCGUAUUGAACCUCUAACGAAAGAGGUAGAUGGUGAUAACGUCAUGCUUGAGGGAGCCAUUGCACGCCGCGCUUAUUUGGGUAUUGACCCAUCUAUUUUGGGUAAAAAACAAAUGGUGGAGCGUGUGACGAAGGUUGAAACUCAACUUGGCAUUUUAGAAGAGAAGCUGAAUUACUUUGCUGGGAAGUUCGAAGUCUCCAAUACAGAGUCUGAGACGCAUACUGGAGAGUCUGCACCCAAAACAGGCAGAUGUAAUUCUCCUGAUGCUGUCGCAGAGGCCAAAACUAACCAUUUGGACAUCUCCACCAAGAGUCACCAUAGUCAAGAACGCAUCAAUCGGUAUUUGAAGGAAGAUCUGGAGCUCGCGACGGUUGGCCUGCGCACUGAGGCAGCGGAACAAAUUGGUACGGCUUGCAAUACAGCUGCAACUGCUAGUCCGAAUGGAUUAAAUUUUAUGGAGGGGAAUGUGUUAUUGCAUUCUGCAUCGGGACAGACGGCGGUGUUGCCCGUUCGCAGAAGGAUGCAAGUGUCGAGAAAAGAGCCCGAGAAUUUUUCUUUUGGCCCAUUCAAAGCGCCUUCCGUGCCAAUUACUUCGGGGAGUCUCUCAAAGGCGGUCGCAGAGAUACAUGAGCGCAAGCGACAGAAGGAGGGUGCUGUGAAGGAAGUCAUUGCCGCUCUGCGCGAAGUCCAAAAGCGCUUUUCAGAGUUAUCGGAUAGAGAGUCAGCUACCCAACGCUGCAGCGCACGUCGAAGCGGACAAAAGCAUUUGACUUCCAGUACAUGCGACGACCCGGUCAGUUUGUUAGAGUUCAUAGCAACUCAAAAGGAGGCCAUAUAUUCGAAGGAGAAGCAAUUGCUGGAUCUGCGUAACACACUUUGGCGCGAAAUCGCGCAGCUUGAGGAGGACGAACGGGAGCUCUUAUCGUUACAAUCCUUAUAA